UACAUUACUGUAGCUCGUUAUGUUGUAUGAAUCCAGCUAUUGUGGUUUAUGGCCAUUGCUAUGAUGGCCAUAUGAUGGUUAGCAUAUCUUGUGAAAGCAGCCACCCGUGGCUUAAUCAAACUAGGAUGGCUUAUAUUAAGGUUUUCUGAACUCUGCCAUUGGAUCGCGCUGAUAGACCCAGAGUCCAACGAGGAAUUGGAGGGAUUUUUCUCAAUGACUGCGCAGAUAUUUGACACCUGUCCCCCGAGGCCUCUACGAAUCGGGCUGUCAGGGGGACAGGAGCAAAGGCGUUGUCAGGUGUACCGCUGCGCAAGAUCGAGAGGUGAGUGGCGCAAGGCUCGGCGGCAAGGAUCGACCACAGCUGUCCCCGAGAGUUACCCGCUUUUGACAGCACAGUCUCGGGAAAGCAGAGCAGCCAGCAGUCCACGGAGGAGAAAAGUGGGGCGAGAAGGGAACGAACGCUAAAAAAACUGGCGCCGAUCCAAGGUGCUUUCCCGUAAACCACAUGCUUCGGCGCAGCUCUUUAUAAGCGCGACCUCCAGGCAGCCAACAGUCGACAGGCAGUCUUUCCUGGGGAUUGUUGUGUCGAAGUGGAAGUACCAGCCCGCUCUUGCCGGCCGCCUACCAACGGGAGCGGGACUAAUUGCAAGAAAAAGGCGCGCCCUCUGGCCCUCGCGAAGCAGGACUUGAAGCCCCACGGAGCCUUUGCAGUGCAGUCCCCGGAAUAGCAAGCGCGCACGCGGCAAAGCCCAGGAAAACAUGGUUGCCUAUAUGCAAUUAGCCUUGUUCCUUCUCACAACCUGCGGUAUCCAUGAAACUGAACAGAAUCGUUUGGGUUGCCACCGGCUCAUCAUGGCAUCCCACCUUAAGAACCUGACUGAUCUGAUUGAUAGCCAGAUGGAAACUUCCUGCCUGCGAUCUUUUGAAUAUGUGGAUGAAAGGGAACUAGAUAAUACUGAAUGCUUUCUCAAAGCAGCCUAUAAUCCCCUGAAAGGUAUCAUUGAUAAUAUUACAUUCAAGAGUAAUACUGCAAACUAUGAGAAACUCCAUCUGAUAAAGGGCUUAUAUGUGAACCUUGCAAGAUGCAUUAAGCCUCACGAUGAUAAGAAUAAGAAGUGCAUCAAGACCUUCUCCCAUACUGCAGAGGAGACUUUGCAACUGGUGCACAAAUACUUUAGCUUAACCAAGCAGUUUCUGAGCAAGGAAACAUUCACAGAUGAUUGCAGCGGAGUCUUCCAGAAGUGUUCAGAAUCCCAGGAAAAGGAGACUGUUUCUCCAGGUGUUGUUACUGCCCUGGAUUGCAACUGUUCAUCUGCAGGCCCGAUCAAUUUAGAAGGCUCGACAUAUCUCGUUCCAACUUCUGAGUCUUUCUCUUCCAUUGCAGAGCAGCUGGACAGCAGGAAGACAGCUGCCAGCAUUCUCCAUCUACUAAGGCUUCCAGAUACUACUCAAAUUCAUAGUGGGUUAGAGAGCAAUAUCAGGUCUAGGGUGACUAGAAGCACUGACGAAAGCCAAGAAAUCACUGAAAGCAUGGAUUUCGGUGCUGGCGUUGAUGUCAUAUUACCAUCACCAUCCUCACCUUCUCUUUCUAUCCAGAAACAGUUGGAAUCCAUGGGGACCAGAUCCCCCUCCCUGGAUUCCAGAACUGGUGAAAGCCAGGAAAGAACUGAUGAGUUAGCUUCUCAGCAUCUCCCUCUCUCUGACUUAGCCAAAUCCUUUCUCAAUCAGCAAUGGUUUGAGAUAAAAGAAAAAACUGAGGCCAUUCCAGGACUCGCAUCAGAUCAGGAUAUCACUGUUGCCAGCAGUGCUUUCAGCUUAACUCUGACAUCAUCUUCCAAUUUGGAGCAAAUAGACAGCUCUAGUGUGCCCUCCAGUGGCAGUCCCCAUGUCCUGGGCCACAAAGAUCCUGUCUCUUCAACACAAGAUCCUUCUAGAUUUGUGGCCACUACAGAGAAUUCCUCACCCCCCAAACAAAUAUCCCAUGAAAGCUACUCCUGGGGGGAGCAAAGUAGCAGAGAUAAAAACUCCAAAGCACUGCAAAACACUCAGCUGCGGGAGAGACGAGAAGAGGGUCUGGCCCACAAGGACAGGGAAUUGGAGGAUAGCCUGCUGGGACCCAGCUUUGAUCUGAACUUCAUUCCUCCGAACGCAGAGAAGCGCAUCAAGAAUUCAGAGCCCAGAAAUAUCCAAGGGACGUCUGUGACAUAUGUGGUGAUACCCAGUGUCCUGGGAAUCCUGCUAGCCCUGGGAGGCCUGCUGUUCUACUUGCAUAAAUCCAGGAUCCUAAGAAAGAGGCGGACACAACAGAUGGGAAAUAAUGUAGAAAGAACAGAAGAACAAAGGUCAUUGAGUGGAGGGGAGGGAUACUUGGAGUUGCAGAUUCAAAGGGAAGUAUGAGUUGCACUGUUCCCUCUGAAAUGAGAAACUGCCUGGGGUUUUGGACUGGAAGCCCCACUUUCAAAGUACAGAUCUGUUGCUAUUAUUGGGAGAAAUUGCACAAAGGAAACUCUGGAACUGAAGCCACAGCAGUACUUUUCCAGGAAGACUGUUUUUAUACUUUUUUUUUAAUGGGAAGGAAUUUAUCAGGAAAAUGGACGCUAUUUAUUUCCGGUAGCCAAGAUUGGUAUUCAUUAUACAAGUUGCCUUUUUUCUGCCAUUCAGCCAACAAACUGGAGCUUGAGAAAAGGAAGAUAGUCACUUGGACUGCAAAAUCCUGUGUGUGAUGGAGAUGGUCUACUAAGAACUACUGUGCCUAUUCCAUUCUGACAGGGAACAAAUGGCAUCCUCUUCAGAUCUAUUAGAUGUGGAUUCUGCAGUUCCAACAGCCAUGCUGAAGAACGUGAAUGAAAAUUGCCUCCUUACUUCUUUUAGAGCUUCUGGCCUCUCGAACUGCUGAAGACUUCAGGACUUCAGCCUCAUGCCAGCUAUUCAUUUUUAAGGCACUUUGUCCAUCUAUUAAGCUUUGUAGGUUGUAAAGUACAGUUCUACCAUCCAGUUAGGACUCCGCAUAAUAUAACAAACUGUUCAGUGAAACUUGCUAUCUACUUUUCCAGGAGCUUACAGUUUUAUUCCCAGGAUCCAGUUUUAACCCUAUCGUACAAAAUGAGAGAAGUUUUUAGCCUUAAAUUUUAAAUUUAAUAAAUAAAUAAAUAAAUAAAUAAAUAAAUAACUUAAUAAUAAAAUGGAUUUUAUUUAGUUUUUAGGACAAGCCAAUAAAUAAGUACCUUUCCAUACUACACAAGAUAAUGUGCUGGGUACUGGUUAGGAUGGUUUUAAAACAGAGCUGUGGCUUUUCCUUUUGUGUAUUAAUCUGUUUUAAUCAGUGAUAAAUGGAGGCU